AAGGCGCUAACCUCAUUCCACAGGUCAACAACAGUCCAUUUAAAACCAGUGGAGCGUGUAUAACACAUCCAUGCAAUUCAAUGAAAUGAAGCAGUUGGAGACCGUAAAGACAGGUUUACUUUUCACACAAAGCUGAUGGAAGUGGGAUACCUCCAAAGAGUCGCACCUUGAGCUGGGUGUGGAGAAACUAUAAAGGACUGUGGCUUCGUACUCUUAUAUAACUUAGUUACCUGAGUAAACCAACGCCACGAUGCUGACUUCUAUCCAGCUGAUGAUUUUGCUUUUUUGGACCAGCAUUAGCUCAGCUGAUGCAGAGAAACUCUUCCACAAUCGGGAUCAUUCUGAUGUGCAGACCCUUAAUCCUCACCAAGCUGAGGCGAUAUCAAACAAAUACGCAGCAGAGCUAUUUCUCUCGAGAUAUGGAUUCAUCGAGCCAGUGAACUGGGAGGAGGUGCAGUUUGAAGAUUCAGGCACCUCUUUUAACGACGACUUCUCGGGUGACCUUCAAGACGUGAUCCAGGAGGGAACCUCACAUCACUCACGGGACGCUCCUGAGGAUGACGACCACGACAGUCUAACGGAGAGUCGAGUGUUCAUCUCAGCUCUCCAAGAGUUCCAAAGGGUAUCGGGUCUGCCUGCCACAGGUGUGUUUGAUGAGGCCACCAAGGUGGCGAUGAACAAACCGAGGUGCGGGGUCCCUGACAAGGAGAUCGACCCGGGCGCCCCUGCAGCACCCGAGAACAGCAGCGCCUUCGAUACUGAAAGCAGUGCGAGUGACACUUUAAGCAACACCGACAGUAGCAACACGUUAAAUAAUAUAAGCGGCGACGCUUCUUCUUUUGUUACCGCUGACGCCCUCGAAGAUGACACAUUCAAUGUUAAUGACACAGAAAGUGUUCUCACAGGCAUUUCCAAUGACACCGGCACGAAUUACACAGACGGCUUGAGCUCAUACGAUCACAUUUUAAAUGACACUUCUCUAAACGGCUCGCACGACAUCAACAUGGACGGUCGAGUGGUCGAUAUCAGGGUGAACGGUCGUCAGAGCGAAGCAGUGCGACGGCGGAAACGCCAACUCGCCACUCUCGUGGCCAAAAGCAGGCACAGGAGAGAUCUGAGUGAAAGCGGUUACAUGGCCUUUUCCAAGAGGGUGUUGAAAUGGAGGCUGAUAGGAGAAGGAUACAGCAGUCAGCUGUCCGUUGAAGACCAGAGGUACAUCUUCAGGCUGGCCUUCAGGAUGUGGAGCGAGGUGUCUCCCCUGGAGUUUGUUGAGGAUAGGCGUUCUCCUCUGGAGGAUGUUGAUAUCAGGCUGGGCUUUGGCACAGGAAGGCAUCUGGGUUGCAACCAGAGGUUUGAUGGCACUGGUCAAGAAUUUGCUCACGCCUGGUUCCUGGGUGAUAUACACUUUGAUGACGACGAACAUUUCACCGGCCCCAAUGCUGGCAGCGGGAUCAGUCUCCUCAAAGUAGCAGUUCAUGAGAUCGGCCAUGUUCUGGGUCUCCCCCACAUCUACAGAGCUGGCUCUAUAAUGCAGCCCAGCUACCUGCCCCAGGAGUCCGGCUUUGAGAUGGACUGGAUGGACAGGAAGGCCAUACAGCAACUCUACGGGGGCUGUAAGGGCCGAUUCAACACAGCAUUCGACUGGAUCAGGAAGGAGAAGACGCCCUACGGGGAGGUGGUCAUCCGCUUCAACACCUAUUUCAUGAGAGACGGCUCAUACUGGCUGUAUGAGAACAGAAAUAACCGAACACGCUUCGGAGAUCCAGUUGCCCUGCAGGCUGGCUGGCGUGGAAUUCCCAUGAACGGAGUGGAUGCGUACGUGCACGUGUGGUCCCGGAAAAAAGAUGCAGUUUACUUCUUUAAAGGUGCUCAGUUCUGGAGGUACGACAAUGAGAAUGACCGGGCGUUCAGACAGGACCCUGAAGGUCACCGCUAUCCGAGGUUGAUCUCCGAAGGUUUCCCAGGCGUGUUCGGUCCCAUUGACACAGCCUUCUAUGACAGGAGGGACUCUCGCAUCUACUUCUUCAAAAACACUCUUGUGUAUGCAUUUGACGUGGAAGCCGACGGCUUGGCACGAGGCUUCCCCAAAAACAUCCGAGAGGUUUUCCCUCCAGUGGUGAGCGGAGACCAUCCAGAUGGCAACAUCGAUGCGUCAUACUUCUCCUACACCCACAACGCCGUCUUCCUCCUCAAGGGCGCGCGCUUCUGGCAGGUGUUGGGAAGCCGCGAUCGCUGGCGCCGGCCCUUUCUGCCACGAAAUGGCCUGCUGCCACACAAGGAGGUGGUCGAGCACUGGUUCGACAUCUGCAACGUUCAUCCCACUGCUCUCAAACUAAGCCGCUGAGGCUGCUGAGGCCGAGAUCCAUUAAAAAAAAAAAAAGUGUUUUUUAUUGUCAUAUAUACAUGAAAUUUGUCCUCUGCA